AUGCUGUGAGAACUCCGCCAGAGAGGGGCUCCUUCAUCUCCAACCUCACACAAGGCUCAGCUUACCUUCCUCCGGCUGCUAAAAAAAAAUCCCACCUUAAAAAAAAAAAGUCUUAAAAACUUUCCCCAAAAAAAUCCCUUUUCUGAACAGCUUGCAAGUAGCAAAAAGGGGAGAGAGAGACUCUUUCCAUCCCAUCCCCUCCUGCAAAGUCCCAAGCAAGCCCUCCUUCAAAAGACAGCAGCGGCACAGACGGAGCGGCUGAUUGGCUCCAUGUGCAAAAGCUCAAGAAAGCAUCGGGAAAAGUUUUGAAAGAAAAUCAAAACUUCCUGCUUCAAGGUGGUCCCGGGCUGCAGUCUGGAGAAUGGAAUAUUUAUAACGCGGGGCGGCGCGUGUGGGGCGAAAGCGGCACCCCUCAUCGCGUUUUUCUUUUGGCAAUUUUUGCAAAUAGAAGAGGGGGGAAAAAAACAUUAUUUGGAAUCUCUUUUGAGAGCUCAAGAAAACCGAAGAUGUGGAAAGUUUGGGGGAUCUGGUGAAAAGUUUGCACCCUUUCGGCUGACUCCCCUGUUGUUGUUUUCCCAAGUUUUUCUUCACUCCCCCCCUGGAUGUUGCUGUUUUGGGAAGAGAGUCUGCGGAGCAGGAGAAGGGGGGAUUUCGGGACCAGAUCUAGAUCUCGGGGGUGGCGACCCUGCAAAAGACAGCCGAAGACCCACAGAUCUCUAAUGACUAUCCGACCUUUCCCUGCCCGCCUCUGAAAGAUCUGGAAAAGGGCCUCCUUGCCCGCCUCAUCCCAUACCAAAGCAGAUGUGCCCAUGACAGCGCCCGGCCUCUGAUGAACCAUGUUCAACCCGAUGAAUCCGCCAGUCAACAACUAUGUGGAACACUGUUACCUUCGGCCACUCCAUGGGCAGAGCCAACCCAACAACAUGGUGGAAGGAAUCAAUGACUUGUCAUACUACCACCAGGCCAGCUCUAUUGGGAAUCACCACACCUAUGGUGCGGCACCUGUAGGUGAACACCCUGCUCAUAACGAUGGUACAUGCUUUUCAACACCCCGAAGCACAGCCAAGCUGACAAAGAAGCGGGCGUUGUCCAUCUCCCCACUCUCUGAUGCCAGUAUUGACCUGCAGACCGUCAUCCGCACUUCACCCAAUUCCUUGGUGGCCUACAUCAACUCCCGCUGUGCCUCAGCCAGUGGCUCCUACGGACACCUCUCAAUCAGUACCGUCAGCCCUUCCAUUGGAUUCCAGAGCCCCAUGGGCCACCAGAAAGCCCAGGGGAUGUCGUUUGGUCACAACCCAUCCAUGGUUCCCUGUGGGUCUCACGAGCACCUCGCUGGCCGGCCAGGAAUGAUGCACCACAUGCCGCCACCGUGUGGGAUGCUCAAGCACUGCCAGCUGAAGUCAGAGCCAAGCCUGGGCAGCCCUCUGGAUGCCCUGAGCACCAAGUGCCCGGAGGAGUGCUCGGAGGGUGACAUUUCCAGCCCAGCCUCUGCGGGGACUCAGGAUCCUUUACUAAGCAUGCUAGACCCCCGGGACGAGCUGGAGAAGGAAGACGGGAAGGUGGAGGCGGAAGCUGUGUAUGAGACCAACUGCCACUGGGAAGGGUGCUCCAAAGAGUUUGACACCCAGGAGCAGCUGGUGCAUCACAUUAACAACGAGCACAUCCACGGGGAGAAGAAGGAGUUUGUGUGCCACUGGUGUGACUGCUCGCGAGAGCAGCGGCCCUUUAAAGCCCAGUACAUGCUUGUCGUCCACAUGAGGCGCCACACAGGAGAGAAGCCGCACAAGUGCACAUUCGAAGGGUGCAACAAGGCCUACUCACGGUUGGAGAACCUGAAGACCCACCUGCGCUCCCACACAGGCGAGAAACCCUAUGUCUGCGAGCACGAGGGCUGCAAUAAGGCCUUUUCCAACGCCUCGGACCGGGCCAAGCACCAGAACCGGACACAUUCCAAUGAGAAACCCUACGUCUGCAAGAUCCCUGGCUGCACCAAGCGCUACACGGACCCCAGCUCUUUACGCAAGCACGUCAAGACGGUGCACGGGCCGGAUGCUCACGUCACCAAGAAACAUCGCGGCGACACUGUGCCUGGCAGCCGGUUGCUGGCCCUGCAGGGAGACAUGAAGCAAGAGAGGGAUAGCGAGGGCAGGAAGGAGGAGGGCAAACUAAUGGUGCCUGACUCAAACUUGAAACCGCAGCCCAGCCCAGGGGGCCAGUCUUCCUGCAGCAGCGAGCGCUCUCCCUUGGACAGCACCACCAACAACGACAGCGGCGUGGAGAUGAACGCCAACGCGGGCGGCAGCUUGGAGGACCUGUCAGCGCUGGAAGAACCCUCGGAGCCAAUGGGGACCUCUGGGCUGUCGGCCUUGCGCAAGCUGGAGAACCUGCGCAUCGACAAGCUCAAGCAGAUGCGCAAGCCCUUGUCGGGGAAGGGAGUCAAGCUGCCUGCCAUCUCUGGAGCAGGCACCCCAAGAGAGAUGCCUGUCCUGUGUGGGCCCCCCUCCGCUGUCUCGCACCGACGCAUCAUGGAGCUGUCCUCCAGUGACCUGCCCUCCUUGCCCAUACCAGGGGAACGCCGCGGUAGCACUACCAGCACCAUCAGUUCGGCCUACACCGUCAGCCGUCGUUCUUCCAUGGUGUCGCCAUAUCUGCCGGGAGGGGGAGCCCCUAACGGGCUAGGCCCCCCUGACGGGUACGACCCCAUGUCCCCUGAUGCCUCAAGGCGCUCUAGCGAAGCCAGCCACUGUGGUGGUCUUCCGGGGCUUGGGAACCUGACGCCAGCCCAGCAGUACCGACUCAAAGCCAAGUAUGCUGCUGCCACAGGUGGGCCGCCUCCAACUCCUCUACCCAGUAUGGAAAGGGCUGGUCAGCCCAGCUUCAUCGGGGAUUACUCAGGCGCCGGCCCACCCCCUUUCAUGCGGAGGCACAGUGCCAAUGAGUACCAUAGUUACAGCACUGGCAUCCUGCACCCGCACCUAGCACCCCAUCACAACACUCGUCGGGCCAGCGACCCCUCUCAGACUGCGGGUGAGGCACACCCAGCUCCCAGAGUGCAACGGUUCAAAAGUCUCAGCAACAUGAGCCCAGCCAGCAUGGGCAGAGGCGGCGGGCUGGCGAUCGGGGGCUCCGACGCCAACCUGCAGCGCCACCUCUUCUCGCCACGGCCGCCAAGCAUCAGCGAAAAUGUCUUUUUGGAGAGUGCAGCCAUGGAGAGCGGCCGGCCGGCUGGAGAGCCGGAACUGCUUGAGAUAGAGCCGUACCUCAGCUACCAGGAACAAAACUACCCGUGCCAAACCAUGAGCAUGGAACUCCAGAGCGAUGCUGUCCAUCGGGGCACCCCCAGGGCAAUCUCUGACUUGCAGAUCAGUCCGGUGAGCCACGGGCAGCUAGAAGGUAGCUUUGAGCCGCCAGAUUACGCCCAACCUCCCUGCCAGAUGAACCCAGCAUUCCACACGGCACGGCAGUGGGAUUCCAACAGCUCAGGGAUGAAUCCUCCACCUCCCGCAGGCAUGGGGCAGUGCCACUCUGCCCAGUACCCCGUCCCUAAUGCCAAGCACCUGGGAGUGGAGCCCGGCAGCGAUGGCCGGCAGGGGGCAUUCCAGUUCGGCCAGCCGCACAUCAAAGCGGAGCAGCAGUUCCAAGUGGCCGCGCCAGCCCUCGCCGCUUGCCAAGGCAUGAAGCAGCUGGCCUAUAGCCAGGCCCAGUCAAUGUGCGGAGAGACCAAGUACCUGCCGGAGAGCCAGCAGGGCCCUUGCUUCGGCAUGGGGCAAGCCCCUGGCAGGAGAUCGCAGACCCCGAUGCUGCAAGUGAAGGAGAUGAUGGUGCGGAGUUACGUGCAGUCACAGCAGGCUCUGAUGUGGGGAGAGCCACAGCCAGACAGCGACGUCACGAUGGGUGUGGACGGAAUGGAGAGCGGGCAGUGCCAGCAGCACCAGCAAUACCCGGGCCCCAAGUGCCCCAACUACCCUGCAAGGCGCCCGCAAGUCAUGGAGGACAAAGCACUUUCCGGUUCCAACAGCCAGUGUUACAACCCAGGGAUGGCCCCACGCCCGCCAGGUGGACCCAAGCCACUGAGUCGGCAGAGCAGCCUGAGCUAUCAAGGGAGUCCCUCUUACGAAGCCUCCGGCAAUGCCAGCCCCCGCCGGAUGAUGCGCCUGCCCCCUCUCCACGGCCCCGAGGAGGCAUGUUACGUGCAGCUGGGCAAAGCGGCCGGGCACAAGCUAAUGGGCCCCCACCAAAGGCAUCACCCCCCACCCAGCUGCGUGGCUGAGGAUCCGGGAGGUCCCUACCCGCCUGGGCUGGAGGGCCUGAAAUCAGACUCUUUCUCUUACCUGCCAGAGGAACAGGUGUCCAACAGCUUGGACACCCUGGACUUGGAGAACACCCACUUGGACUUCACGGCCAUCUUGGAUGAGGCUGAGGUCAUCGGCCCCGGUUCCCCGCCUGGCGGUCUGGCCAACAUGGCCGUGGGGGAUAUGAGCUCCAUGCUGAACUCCUUGGCCGGGGAGAACCAGUUCCUGAACACCCUGUCCUAGUGGGGAAAGCCCUACGGCUGCAACGACGGAGUAUUUCUUCUAACUAGAGCCAGACUGGCAUGAGAAGGUACCAAGGUAGCUCUUACUGGCCUGAACUUGGUAACUUAUGGCCAGGAAGGAGCUCUCAACUGAGGGAAAAAACUGAGACAGCAGCUUCCAGGUUCUCUCCUGGGACCAAACUGCACUUGCUGUGCCUGCUCAGACCUCCUGAACCAGCGUUGGCCUUCAGUCAGGGGCUGAGCAGAUGGUGAUGGGAUGAAGGAUGGGAAAGGAAGUGGAUUCUUUUGGUCCACUCUCCCAGCUGGUAGAGCAAACUCAGGAGCUCAUAAAGUCUUCUGUUCUCACCACACCAUACAUGGACACACAAACUACCGCACUGAAACUGGCACGCUUGGUGAGCACAAUCCCAAAGUGCCUCUUCCCCCUCUGCCCCCCGCGAGAGGGCUGCCCCACGAGAGCGAUGGCCCUACAGUUCCAGAGAGUUUGUUGACACAGCAGCCUUUCUAGGGCCCCUUCAACCGCGUACAUUUUUCUCCACCCCACGCAGAAAAGAUUUUUAGGUCGAUGUUUGUCUC